CGGUCGUCAAAGGUCUCGCAACUCAAACUCGUAAACAAACCAAACGUGAACUCGGAAGAUGCGACCACCCUCCUCCGUGUUAAGCGUGACACUCGACCUCUCACCGCGUGGGCGCGUGUGCGUGUGCGCGUCUGACUGACACCUGAAGGCACCGCCACAUUUCAAGAGCCCGGCGGAGCUGCGGAUGCUGGAGGAGGUGCGUUAAAACCCCCCCAGAUGAAGAAGAGGAGCAGAGCCCUGUUGCUGCGUGUAAACCUCCACCCGGCCGGCCAGUCAGCGCGCUGCGUUGGGAAGCGGAGCGUCGGGUUGCAUUUCGCAACUCUUUCGCCGUCACCCAUCACUCAGAUUCAACUGGGGAGCAAACUUUAUUGGGGAUUGUUUGAUUAUAUGAGAGGAGGAAAGCGAGGUGAAACAGCGAGGGAAUGGAGAAGCACAAAGUGCUGGACCAGCUCCUGAUGGAGCUCCACCGCUUCCUGCUCCUUCUGGACAAAGAGACCCUGAGUGGGAACGCCACCAUCCAGAAGGUCUUGCUCUCGGAUCUCCUCCAGUCCUAUGGUGCUGAUGAAGAGUACAUCUACAUGAACAAAGUCAUUGUUACUGAUGACAAAUCAGAUGCCCUGGUCAAUGGAAAAGCAGCAAAAUAUGUCCCCGUUCCACAGAAGAGCCUCCCCGACCUCCCGCCCCCCAGAGUAGGUGUGUUGUGUCGGGAGCCGUUCCCUCUACCUACUGUCCCUGCUCCAGCCUGUACAGACACUUCAGAGAGUUACUACGAGGAGGCUCAGCCCUACGAGGAGACGUUCAAUGAUGAUGGGGAUGCCGUUAGCAGUUCAUACGAGUCCUACGAUGAGGAGGAAGUGACCAGAGAAAAGUCAUCGUCAGCGCAGCACCAGUGGCCGUCAGCGGAGGCGUCCAUUGAGCUCAUGAAGGACGCUCGUAUCUGUGCCUUCCUGUGGAGGAAGAAGUGGCUGGGCCAGUGGGCCAAACAGCUAUGUGUCAUCAAAGACCAUCGCCUGCUGUGCUACAAGAGCUCCAAGGAGCAGACGCCGCUGCUGGAUGUGAGUCUGCUGGGCUGCAGUGUGGUCUACAAGGAGAAGCAGCUGAGGAAGAAAGAGCACAAGCUGAAGGUCAUUCCGGUGGGAGGGGAGGCCAUCGUGCUGGGCCUGCAGAGCAGGGAGCAGACGGAGCAGUGGUUGAGGGUGAUUCAGGAGAUCAGUCCCAAGCCGGCUGAAAACUGUGAGCCGCAACACUGCACGUCCGACUCGCCGAGGCUCAUUUGUACAAAGGGAGAACUGAGUGAGAGAUACUCAGUGGCCUCGGAGAGCGGCAGCAGCACUGACAGCCAUGCUGAGGCCCCCGAAAACAAAGAUGUGAAGAAAAAAUAUGGUGCAGGGUUGAAGUUUAGCAACCUCAUGAACAUCGGCAAGAAAAAACCCUCCUCGUUGGAGAGUCCAGAGAAAUGUGUGGACACCUCAGGCUACCUCAACGUGUUGGUGAACAGCCAAUGGCGGACCUGCUGGUGCCUUAUAAAGAACGGACAGCUAUGGUUUUACCAGGACAAGGGCAAGAACAAAUUGAGCCAGCCAGCUGUGACCCUGGGGGGCUGCAGUGUUCUGCCCGACCCCAGCCCCGAGCACCUGUACUCCUUCAGGAUCAACAUGGAGGGAACACAGCUGGCAACCCUCGAGGCUAAGACGUCAGCAGACAUGGGCCAUUGGCUGGGCCUCUUGCUGUCGCAGACGGGGAGCAAGACGGACCCCGAGGAGCUGACGUACGACUACGUCAACGCUGAGAGGAUCUCCAGCAUCGUCAAUGCUGCCAAGACUUCCUUAUAUUUGAUGCAGAGGAGGUAUUCAGAGCCAAACACCUACAUCGACAGCCUACCCUCCAUCACUCAGAACUCUGAUGAACUGUAUGAUGAUGUGGCGUCGAUAGCUGAUCCAGAGGAUGCUGAAGAGAGCGGCCUACCAGACAGUGAGGACAGCAAUCCUCAGGAACAUAAUGAAACGUGCGCACAGGACACCCAGGACUCAGUGGGCACAGAACAGGACACUGAAAACAGGGUUUACCUGGACCUCACCCCCGUACGCUCCUUCCUCCAUACGGCCGGGGGGAGCAAAGCCCCCGCCAAAGAACCUUCUAGACAUUCCCCAGUCCCAGUAGAGGAGGAGAAGGACCCCUCAUCUCAAAUGAAAGAGGUCAUUUCAACUAACCGUACUGAGUCAACACCACCUGUGUCAAAUGGAACGAGUUCAACCUCUGUUACCAGUAAACCAGAACAAGAGCACCCCCCGACUCCCACUCCACCACUGCCCCAAAACCAACCAGUCAAAACCUUGUCCCAAAGCCAGGAGACCCCCAAGAGGACAAGUGUGGGAAUCCCACAGGCCUUCAGCUCCGCCGGGGUCCAGAUCAAUAAAGGUCCCACGGUUUCUGCUGUGCUCCCAAACAGUCCUCACCCCCUGCGGCCCAAGGCACAUACCAUGGGGUGUCCCGGUGCCGUCGAGGUGAAACUGGGCAAGAACCGCACAGAGGCAGACGUGCGCCGCUACAUCGAUGAGCGCGACCGUCUGGAGAGAGAGAGGGAGGAGGUGAGGAGCAGUCUGGCGAACCUGAAGAAGGAGAGGAGGGAGAGCAAAGAGGAGCUCAGUGCCUGCCAAGACCCCAAGCAGCAGGCCUCAUUAGAAGCCUGUUUGAAGCACAAGGAGGAGGCGUGUCGGGACGCGGAGCAUCGCAGGGUAGAGGUGGAGCUACGACUGAUGGAGGUGAAGGGAAGUCUGAAGAAGGUGGAGUCGGGGCCUUUCACACUGGGAACCACACUGGACAGCAGCCUCCAAGACACACCAACGCCGAAAGCAGCAACCCUGCCCGCUCCCCAGAUAUCUUCAUCAUCAUCAUCAUCAUCAUCACCAUCAUUAUCAUCAUCAUCCCAACCCUACAACAGCAACGUCAGUGCAGACCCAGUCAACUCUGCCUCUGCGCUAAAGAGCAGACCCGCCUCCAUCAUGGCCACCAAAGGCAAAGUCCUGCAGAAAGCUAAGGAGUGGGAGAAGAAAUCCUCCUCCUAGAGGGAAAGUUGGAUGCCCUUUGACCUCUCAAAUCCACAAAUGUCUCUUGGUGUGGUCUGCUGUCUGCAACAGGAACCGUUGUGUUACCAGAGCAGACAGACAAAUCAACGUUCUUCCUCAUCCUCAUCGCCUCCUUGCCAAGACUAGGCCAAUCAGAGAGAUGCACAAGCCGUCUUCUCCAACACCACUAAUCAUAGUUUCAAUGACUUCUCAUGUUGUUUUUCUCUAUUUGCUAAAGGAGGGACAUCGAUGUUGUAGCAUUUUGGCCAGUCUAACAAUUGAUCUUGUGAUCUUGAUGACAGAAAGACACCCCUCAACUAAAUUGUGUACACUCUAGAUUGUAGCUUGGUUCAUAUAUGCUGGUAGCCAAGAUGUAAAUAUAUUUACACCAUUAUUCAGCCUCAUUUGGUUGUAUUGCUAGCUAAACAUGCACUUUUUAUUCAAAUAAAAAUGUACUGACAACAA